CGCAGGUUUCCGUGCAGCGCCUUCGCAGUACGCAUGCGCCACGUCCCUACGCGGUUUCUGGGCGCCAGAAGCUGCACGGUAAGAUGGCAGAGGUUGAGUCCAAGUCAGUGCUGUUCGUAUGUCUCGGGAACAUUUGCCGGUCACCCAUUGCAGAAGCAGUUUUCAGAAAAUUGGUAGCUGAUGAAAGUGUUUCAGACAAUUGGGCCAUUGACAGCAGCGCCGUUUCCGACUGGAACGUGGGCCGGCCCCCAGACUCAAGAGCUGUCAGCUGCCUAAGAAAUCAUGGCAUUAGCACAGCCCAUAAGGCAAGACAGAUUACAAAAGAAGACUUUGCCACGUUUGAUUAUAUACUGUGCAUGGAUGAAAGCAACCUGAGAGAUUUGAAUAGAAAAAGUAAUCAAGUUAAAAACUGCAAAGCUAAAAUUGAGCUACUUGGGAGCUAUGAUCCACAGAAACAGCUCAUUAUUGAAGACCCCUAUUAUGGCAAUGACUCUGACUUCGAGGUGGUGUACCAGCAAUGCCUUAGGUGCUGCAAGGCCUUCCUGGAGAAGACUCAGUAGCUGGUCCAGCCCACCACCAUUGAGCAACUCUCUCACCAACACCAUGCUCAAGGGUGGUGGCAGUCCCUAUCCCUGUCUCCCACCUGUCUUUUCAGUGACUUACUGCAUAUCAUUCAAAUCAUUAUAAGUGAAAAUUAAGCAUAUGUUCAGAAGGAUAAAUAUACUUGAGUAAGACAGUUUGAGGUGUGGAUAAACAUUCUUAAACCAACUGAACCUCUCACCUUGCCCUAAUGACAAGAUAGUGGAACGAGCAAAUAUAGAAUAAAAUAAAACCCGAUACAGUAAGAAUGACCUACAAGGUGCAGAUCGGC